CAUGUUGACAAUUGCAGGCCUCCCUAAUCUUUUCAAGUAGGGGAACUUGCACAAUUGGUGUUUGACUAAAUACUUAGUUGCCCCACUGUAUGUCAUUAUAUAAUACAAAUAAGGUUGCUGGUGAAAAUUUGAGCAUCCUAAAAAGUUGGUAGUGUUAUGUUCCUACUGUCCCUAAGCAAACCUACGCCCUUGUGGAAAUCUAGCGCCAUCAAUGGCACUUAAACAUGAUCAUCUAUUGAACCUGGGGUCCAUCGCCACCAAAUUUAUAUCACAAUAUUCCUAACUCACACUUUUGUAUUGAAACACAGAAAACAAAACAUUGCCAUAUCAAUAAAUCAGAUUUCCUCAGAGUUUAAACCAGAUCUGCUCCAGAUUCCCCAUGUAAAUGCCUCAAACCUUAUGGAAACCAUUUGACAGUUUCAUCUCAUCAGAAUGUGUUGUGUACACUCUUAUUACACUUUCUGUGCCAGAAAAUGAACGCUGACUACAUUUAAUCUGUUAUGACGUGAGAUGAUCGUUAUCCGCAAGUUGAUUCACACAUGAUAAAUGUUUCAAGAAUUCUUUGAUAGGACUUUUAGCUUGGCUUGGGGGCGUCUGACCUAAUUCCAAACUGGAACCUUCGUGAAUUCUCUCCAGGGACGUCAGAAUUUUCUCAACCUUGACAAACCCUUCCGAAACCCCUUGAAGCGUUUUGUCAACAUCCCAAUCUGAACCCCCGACUUCUUUUUUACUCUGCUGAUGCAUUCGGCUCCCCGACAGGUGCUCACACCCAAAGAGGAUCUCUUUUGGUAUAUUUAGCGUCUGAAACCCGAGCGUCCCCGAGUCGUCAUUGGCCGGCUCUAGCACAUGACCACCUGGGUAGAAGUCGCCUCGGCUGUGACUCCGUCACCCAGCGUUUCUCCGGAGGGAAGCUUGGGGGGAGGCUUUGGCGGCUUUUGGGAGACCGUUAAAACGCUAACCGGGCAAAAAAAAGUGGGAUUUGAGGAACUCCAGCCCCUAGUGGAUGGCCGGGGAUUUACAGACUAGAGAAGACACUGCAGGAAUCUUUCUCUGGUACUUAUCCAGCCCUUUUAAAUAAUCAGUCAAGUCCAAGUGCUGAAAGAUCUUCUUUACGUAGAGCGUCUUAAGUCGUCCCAAGAUGUCGCAUAUUGUGGAGGAGUACGUGGAGGAGUGGGAGGAAGAAUUUGAGGAAGAGUUAGGAGGUGAAGAAGAAGAGGAGGAGGAAGAACUAAUAGAAUAUGAGGAAGAAGAGGAAGUUUUGGAUGAGAUGACAACGACGACACACGUCACUCAUGAGCACACUCAACAUCCUCAUCAUCAACAUCAUGAGCAUCACCAGUCGGGCUUGCCCACCAGGAAGGUGGUGAAGAAAGCCAAAGUGGACACGUCCAAGUUCAUGACCCCGUAUCUGGCGCACAGCCAAAAGAUGCUGGAGCAGUUCAGCCACAACAAGUAUCGUGACGCCUACGACAAGUCUCGGGGGAAUCCUCCCGCCAUCACCACCGAUACGCCGGAAAUGAUUCGCAUCCGUAAGGCUCAGGAGCAGCUCAGCGAGAUCAAAUACCGCAUGGAGGGCAACAAGUCCAAGACGGGCAGCAUGUACGACGGCGAAGCACGCGAGAUCGCUCACGUCAAGCAGGUGUCGGAGCUCAUCAGCAAGGUUCUCUACCGGCAAAAGUGGGACGAGACCAAGGACAAGUACAUGCUACCCCCGGAUGCUCCGGAACUGGUUUUGGCUGUCAAGAACGCCGCUAACUGUAGCAAAAAAAUGUAUACGGAAGACUGGGAUGAGGAAAAGACCAUGUUCUGCCCGUACACGGACAGCCCCGAACUGCGUCGGGUGGCCCAGGCCCAGGAGGUGCUCAGUGAUGUGCAGUACAAGAAAGGCCACCACGAGCGCAAGGCCAAGUACACCGCCCUGCCCGAUCCACCUGAAGUGGAGCUGGCCAAGCGGGUCUCUGACCAGCGCAGCGACUUGAAGUACAAGGAGGCGUACAACGAGAAGGUGAAGGGCCAGUGGUGUGAGACACCCUACUUUGACGUGGCCAUGGCCAGGGUGGCCAUGGAGAACCUCAGCCAUAGGCGAUACACGCAAGAUCACGAGGACAGCAAAGACCAAAUCUACUUCAUGCAAACCGAAACGCCAGUUUAUGACACCCACAAGAAGGCCGCGGCAUCCGCCAGUGACGUGCAGUACAAGAAGGAGUAUGAGAAGACAAAGGCCCAGUCGGACUACAACACGCUGCCGGCCACCGAGAACCCGUUGCUCAGGCAACUCCGAUACGCCGGCACCAUCCUCAGCGACAAAGUCUACAAAGAUAAUUAUGAGAAAUCGCGAGGCUUCAGCAUCAACUACUGCGAAACGCCCAAGUUCCAGAUGGACUCGGUGCUCAAACAGUUUACGGACAUGCACUACAAAGACAAGUACGAAAACGAAAUCAAGGGUCACUAUCUGGGCAGCUACGAGGAUCUAUACAUGCUUCACUGCCAGCAAGUGGAGGACAUGAAGAAACAGCAUUUGUACAAAGCCGACUACGAAGACAUGAAAACGCAAUGUUUCUUCCCCCAAACAAUUACACCCGAGUACGAAGCCACUAAGAAGCUAGAGGACUGCAAGGAUAAAGUUUACCGGCAGCAUCCUGACAAAGUGAAAUUCACGCAAGUUACCGACUCACCGGUUCUGGUCCAGGCGGCCAUCAACGCUAAACAGCUGAGUGACCUAAACUACAAAGCCCAGUACGAAGAGACCAAAUGUAAGAAUAGUCUGCCUCCAGACUACCCCUUCUUCGUCCAGUCUAGAGUGAACGCCUUCAACCUCAGUGAUAGCUGCUACAGAUACGACUGGGAGAGAACCAAGGCUAAAAAGUUUGAGGUUAAAGGCGAUGCUAUCCCGAUCCUGGCCGCCCGGGCUCACACCAACAUUGCCAGCGACGUAAAAUACAAGAAGGAGUACGAGAAGAACAAGGGUCAGAUGGUCGGAGCUCUCAGCAUUCACGAUGAUCCCAAGAUCCUGCAUUCUGUUCACGUGGCAAAAAUCCAGAGUGAUCGUGAAUACAAAAAGGACUAUGAAAAGAUCAAGACCAAGUAUCACACACCUCUGGACAUGAUGUCUGUGACCCAUGCUAAGCACUCACAGGCAGUCGCCAGUAUGGCCGGCUACCGCAGCAUCAAUACCAACUUUUUCCUGCCCCAUGAUACUGUGCUGCUGGACACAGCCAAGAAAGCCAACAUCAUCCAGAGUGACAACGAGUACAAGUCCGAUUACAACAACUACACCAAAGGGGCCCCGUGGGUGCCGUUUGGUUCCUUGGAAGUGGAAAAGGCCAAGAAUGCUGCACAAAUUCUGAGCGAGAAAAAAUACAGACAGCACCCAGACACCAUCCCCUUCACGUCCAUUGAUGACCACCCUGUCAUGAUGCAGGCCAAAGUCAACCAGCUGCAGAGGAGCGAUUUAUUCUACAAGCAAGGUCUAGAGGACAUCCACCAAAAAUACUCACUGCCCGCUGACAUUCCAGAGUUCCUCCAGGCCAAAUGCAACGCAUACAACAUUAGCAACAAUUACUACAAAUACGCAUGGCAGGAUACCAUCGCAAAAGGCUAUGACCUGCAGCCCGACGCAAUCCCUAUUGUCGCCGCCAAAGCUGCCAGACAUGCUGCCAGUGAUGUCCAGUACAAAAAGGCAUACGAGAAGGAAAGAGGCCACCACGUGGGCUUCCGUAGCCUGCAGGAUGACCCGCUGUUGGUUCACUACAUGGAGGUGGCCAAGAUGCAGAGUGACAAGAACUACAAGAAGGAUUACCACCAGGUCAAGCUAAAGUUCCAUUCCCCAGUCGACAUGUUGAGUGUGGCCCAUGCCAAGCACGCCUCAGCUGUCCAGACAAUGGCCGGCUACAAGCAGCCCCAACACAACUACUGCCUACUGCCAGACGCCAUGAACCUGGAUCUGGCUCGCACCAUGAAUUACAAUGCCAGCGACAACCAAUACAAACAAGACUAUGAGAACUGUGUCAAAGGAAUCGGAUGGAUCCCUAUUGGCUCUCUGGACGUAGAGAAAGCGAAGACAGCGGCGGCGGCUUUAGAUGAGAAGAAAUACAGACAGCAUCCCGCCACCAUCAAAUUUACCAGCUUGUCUGACUCCAUGAACAUGGAGCUAGCUAAGGCCAACACCCAGAUUCUCAAAGCUAAAGACUACAAAGCCAGUGGCGAGAAAUUCAUGCACACCUAUCAUCUUCCUGCUGAUACUCCUGAACUGAUGCAGGCCAAAUACAAUGCUGCCAAUAUCAGCCAGAAUUACUACACAUAUUCUCACCGCCGGGAUUUGCUCAAAGGACAUCACAUGAAAGAGGAUGCUAUCCCCAUUGUGGCCGCGAAGACUUCCAGAGACAUUGCCAGCAACUACAAGUACAAAUUGGCCCACGAAAAGGCAAAGGGCAAACACGUGGGCUUCCGUAGCCUACAGGACGACCCACUGCUGGUUCACUACAUGGAGGUGGCCAAGAUGCAGAGCGACAGAAACUACAAGAAGGACUACCACCAAGUCAAACUCAAAUAUCACUCGCCGGUGGACAUGAUGAGUGUAGCCCAUGCCAAGCACGGUUCAGCUGUGCAGACCAUGAUCGGCUACAGGACAUACCUUCACGACUACUUACUUCUUCCCGAUAACUUGCGGGUGCAACAAUGCAAGGACAUGAUGGAGAUUCAGAGUGAUAAUGCUUACAAAGCCGAUUACACCAACUACUACCAAGGUUCCGGGUGGGUUCCGAUCGGUUCUCUGGACGUGGAGAAGGCCAAAGCUGCCAAAGCCGCCCUGGACGAGAUCAGCUACCGUCAGCAUCCUAGCACAUUCAAGUUCACCAGCACCAGUGAUAGUAUGAACAUGUCUUUGGCACUGAGCAACUCCAAGCAGCUGGACCCUACCGCAUACAAAGCUUCUGGUGAGAAGUUCAUGCAUACCUAUCACCUGCCGGCUGACAGCCCAGAGUUCCUUCAGGCCAAAUUUAAUGCUCAGACGCUCAGUGAGAGUCAGUACAAGCAAAAGUGGCUGGACGAUAUUGCCAAAGGCUACGACUUGAGGCCUGAUGCCAUUCCCAUUCAGCAUGCCAAGCUUGGGAGACAUAUUGCCAGCAAUGUACAAUACAAAAAAGAGUAUGAAAAGGCGCGAGGCCACCACGUGGGCUUCCGUAGCCUGCAGGACGACCCCCUUCUGGUCCACUACAUGGAGGUGGCCAAGAUGCAAAGCGACAAGAAUUACAAGAAGGACUACCACCAAGUCAAGCUCAAAUAUCACUCGCCGGUGGACAUGCUGAGUGUGGUACAUGCUAAGCAGGCCUCAGCUGCUCAGACCAUGGCCGGCUACAGGAACAUUCACCACACCAACGCUCUCCUUCCUGAUGCGAUGAACUUUGUGCUGGCUCGUACUAUGAACACUCAAUCCAGCGAUUGUGAUUACAAGUACGAUUGGAACAACUAUGUCAAAGGUAUCGGCUGGAUCCCGAUCGGUUCGCUUGCAGUAGAAACCGCAAAGGUUGGUGGUGAGAUCCUAAGCGAGAACAAGUACCGCACCCAUCCCUCCAACUUCAAAUACAGCAAGUUGAUGGAUUCCAUGGACAUUGCCCUGGCCACAGUCAACAACCAGAUCAUGGAUAAGAAAGCCUACACGGCUGCUUGGGAAAAGGACAAACGAACAGUCCACGUAAUGCCAGAUUCUCCUGAGAUUGUACUGGCCAAGGCCAAUGCCAUCACCAUGAGCGAUAAACUUUACAAAUCCGGUUUGGUGGAGAUGGCCAACAAGGGCUACAAUCUGAAAGCAGAUGCCAUUCCCAUUGUAGCAGCUAAGUCAAGCACAAAUAUUGCCAGUAAUUUCAAAUACAAACUUGCCUACGAGAAGGAGCGAGGGCACCAUGUGGGCUUUCGCAGUCUGCAGGAUGACCCCCUCCUGGUCCAUUACAUGGAGGUGGCCAAGAUGCAGAGUGACAAAAAUUACAAGAAGGACUACCACAAGGUCAAACUGAAGUACCACUCGCCAGUGGACAUGUUGAGCGUAGUCCAUGCUAAGCAGGCAUCAGCUGCUCAGACUAUGGCCGGCUACAGGAAGAUCCACCACACCAAUGCUCUCCUCCCAGAUGCCAUGAAUUUUGUGCUUGCUCGUACUAUGAACACCCAGUCUAGUGAUUGUGAUUAUAAGUUCGACUGGAACAACUAUGUUAGAGGUAUUGGCUGGGUCCCCAUUGGCUCACUCGCAGUGGAAACCGCCAAGGUUGGUGGUGAUAUCCUAAGUGAGGCCAAAUACCGCACUCACCCAUCCAGCUUCAAGUACAGCAAGCUAAUGGACUCCAUGGACAUGGCCCUGGCCACGGCCAACAACCAGAUCAUGGAUAAGAAAGCUUACACGGCCGCUUGGGAAAAGGACAAACUGACGGUCCAUGUCAUGCCAGAUGCUCCUGAGAUUGUUCUGGCUAAAGCUAAUGCCAUCAAUAUGAGCAAUAAACGGUACAAAGCUGGCCUUGUAGAAAUGGCUAACAAGGGCUACGACUUGAGAGCCGAUGCCAUCCCAAUUGUAGCUGCCAAGUCUAGUUCCAACAUUGCCAGCAACUACAAGUACAAACUGGCUUUCGAGAAAGCAAGAGGUCACCAUGUGGGCUUCCGUAGCCUGCAGGAUGACCCCCUGCUGGUCCACUAUAUGGAGGUGGCUAAGCUGCAGAGUGACAAGAACUACAAGAAGGACUACCACAAGUCUAAGCUCAAGUACCACUCACCAGUAGACAUGAUGAGUGUGGCCCAUGCCAAGCACGCCUCGACUGUGCAGACCAUGACAGGAUACAAGAGCAUUAUCCCUCACUACACUGUCCUGCCUGAUGCCAUGAACCUGGAACUGGCCCGAAACAUGCAGUUCAUUGCCAGUGAUAACCAGUACAAGAGUGAGUAUGAAAACUACAUGAAAGGAAUCGGUUGGGUACCCAUCGGCUCAUUGGAGGUGGAGAAAGUUAAAACAGCUGGCCAAAUCUUGAGGGAUCAUGGAUACCGCCAGCAUCCCAGCACCUUUAAAUUUACCAAAGACAUGCACUCCAUGGACCUAGCAUUGGCCACUGCCAACAACCAGAUCAUGGAUAAGCAAUCUUACACCAAAGCCUGGGACCACGACAAGAGAACCAUCCACCUCAUGCCUGACGCGAUGGAUGUAGUUCUGGCCCGGGAAAACAAGAAAAACUAUAGCGAGAAACUGUAUAAACUGGAAAAUGAGCUUGCCAAGAAGAAGGGUCACAAUCUCCGUGCUGAUGCUAUCUCAGUCCAGGCUGCUAAAGCCUCAACGAUUAUUGCAAGUGAUUAUAAGUACAAGACCGGUUAUCGUAAGCAGGUCGGCCACCACAUUGGGGCCCUCAGCAUUCAGGAUGACCCUCUCCUCAUGUUGGCCCUGAACUCAGCCAAGAUCGCCAGUGAUGCCCUCUACAAGAAGGACUUUAACCAGUCCAAAACUAGAUUCCACCUGCCAGUAGACAUGUUAUCGUUUGAGCUUGCCAAGAAGAACCAGAUCCAGGUCAACCACGCCAACUACAUUACCCGCCUGCAUAACUGGACCUGCCUGCCUGACUCCAAUGAUGUUCGACAAGCCAGACACGCAUACGACCUGCAGAGUGACGUGGUCUACAAGGAAGAACUGAAGUUGCUUCAGGGCAUUGGAUGGGUUCCUAUUGGUUCACUUGAUGUGGAGAAGGUGAAAAAAGCUGGUGAGAUCCUGAGUGAACAGAAAUACCGUCAGCACCCAAGCAACUACAAGUUUAAGGUGACAACUGAGGACAUGCCCCUGGUGCUGGCUAAGGCCAAUGCUCAAGUCAUGAACAAGCAUGCCUACACUCAAGCCUGGGACAAAGAUAAGACAACCAUUCAUAUAAUGCCAGAUGCUAUGGACAUUGUGCUGGCCAAAGCCAACAAGGCCAACUACAGUUUGAAACAAUACAAACAGGCAAACGAAGACGCCAAGAAAAAGGGUUAUGACUUAGGCAAAGAUGCCAUUUCAAUCCUGGCAGCCAAGGCAUCUAGAGACAUUGCCAGUGAUUAUAAGUACAAGACUGGAUACCGGAAGCAAGUGGGCCACCACAUCGGGGCCCUCAGCAUCCAGGACGAUCCUCUCCUUAUGCUGGCCCUGAACUCUGCCAAGAUCGCCAGUGAUGCCCUCUACAAGAAGGACUUUAACCAGUCUAAGACCAAGUUCAACCUGCCUGUGGACAUGCUAGCCUUUGAGCUGGCCAAGAAGAAUCAGAUCCAGGUCAACCACGCCAACUACAUUACCCGCCUGCACCAAUGGACCUGCCUGCCUGACUCCAAUGAUGUUCGACAAGCCAGACACGCCUACGACCUCCAGAGUGAUAAUGUUUAUAAGGAAGACCUGAAACUGCAGCAGGGUAUGGGCUGGGUGCCUAUUGGUUCGUUGGAUGUAGAAAAGGUGAAGAAAGCCGGCGAGAUCCUGAGUGACCAGAAGUACCGCCAGCACCCGAGCAAUUACAAGUUUAAGGUAUCAACUGAGGACAUGCCUAUGGUGCUGGCUAAGGCAAACGCUCAAGUCAUGAACAAGAAAGCAUACCAAGAAGCCUGGGAAAACCAGAAGACCUUGAUCCACAUCAUGCCUGACGCUAUGGAUGUUGUCCUUGCAAAAGCAAACAACAUUAACUACAGCUUGAAACUGUACAAGCAGGCAAAUGAAGAGGCUAAGAAGAAGGGGUAUGACCUAGGCAAAGAUGCCAUUUCUAUCCUUGCAGCCAAGGCUUCCCGAGACAUUGCUAGCGAUUACAAGUACAAGACCGGAUAUCGCAAGCAGGUUGGCCACCACAUUGGGGCCCUCAGCGUUCAGGAUGACCCUCUCCUCAUGUUGGCACUGAACUCAGCCAAGAUUGCCAGCGACUUCCUUUACAAGAAGGACUUCAACCAGUCCAAGACUAGAUUCCACCUGCCUGUGGACAUGCUAGCCUUUGAGCUGGCCAAAAAGAACCAGAUCCAAGUCAACCAUGCCAACUACAUCACUCGCUUGCACAACUGGACAUGCUUGCCUGACUCCAACGACGUUCGCCAAGCCAGACAUGCUUACGACCUGCAGAGUGAUAAUGUUUACAAGGAAGACCUGAGGCUGCAACAGGGUAUCGGCUGGGUUCCUGUUGGUUCCCUGGAUGUGGAAAAGGUUAAAAAAGCCGGCGAGAUCCUGAGUGAUCAUAAGUAUCGUCAGCACCCGAGCAACUACAAGUUUAAGGUCUCAACUGAGGACAUGCCAAUGGUACUGGCCAAAGCCAACGCUCAAGUCAUGAACCAGAAAGCCUACAUUGACGCCUGGGAAAAAGAGAAGACCAAGAUCCACGUCAUGCCCGACGCCAUGGAUGCCGUUCUCGCAAAAGCCAACAACCUCAACUACAGCUUGAAAUUGUACAAGCAAGCAAAUGAAGAGGCCAAGAAAAAGGGUUACGACAUGCGCAAUGAUGCCAUUCCCAUCCGCGCAGCCAAGGCAUCCAGGGACAUUGCCAGUGAUUACAAGUACAAGACUGGAUACCGCAAGCAGGUCGGCCACCACAUCGGAGCCCUCAGUGUCCAGGAUGAUCCUCUCCUUAUGCUGGCCCUGAACUCGGCCAAGAUCGCCAGUGACGCCCUCUACAAGAAGGACUUUAACCAGUCUAAGACCAAGUUCAACCUGCCAGUGGACAUGCUAGCCUUUGAGCUCGCCAAGAAGAACCAGAUCCAGGUCAACCACGCUAACUACAUCACUCGCCUUCACCAGUGGACUUGCCUCCCUGAUUCCAACGACGUUCGCCAAGCCAGACACGCCUACGAUCUGCAGAGUGAUGCCGUCUACAAGGCUGACUUGAAGUGGCUCCAGGGUCUCGGCUGGGCCCCUGUCGGCUCUCUUGAGGUGGAAAAGGCUAAGAAGGCUGCUGAGAUCUUGAGCGAAAUGAAGUAUCGCCAACCUCCCAGCAAACUUCCAUUUACCAGCCCUAUCGAUGCAAUGAACUUUGAACUAGCUAAGAAUAACGCUUUGACAAUGAACAAGCGCCUCUACAUCGAAGCAUGGGAGAAAGAUAAAACCAAGGUGCACAUCAACCCUGAUACACCGGAGAUACUUCUCUCUCAGCAGAAUGCUAUCAACAUGAGCAGGAAACACUACAGACAAGGUUAUGAGGCUGACAUCAAGAAGGGCUACUUCCUGCCACCAGAUGCCGUUGCUGUGAAGAGUGCUAAAGCCUCCCGGGAUAUUGUUAGUGAUUACAAGUACAAAACGGGUUACCGGCAGCAAGUAGGCCACCACAUUGGUGCUCGCAGCAUCAAUGACGACCCCCUGAUCAUGCUAGCCCUGAACUCGGCCAAGAUAGCCAGCGAUGCCCUCUACAAGAAAGACUUCAACAAGUCCAAGACCCGAUUCCACUUGCCUGUGGACAUGCUGAACCUUGAACUGGCUAAGAAGUGCCAGAUUCAAGUCAAUGACUUCAACUACCGCACUCAUCUUCACCAGUGGACAUGUCUGCCCGACUCCAAUGAUGUUGUCCAGGCUAGGAAGGCCUACGAUCUUCAGAGUGAUGCUGUGUACAAAGCUGACUUGGACGAGAUUGUGGGUGUGGGAUGGGUUCCUAUUGGUUCACUGGACGUAGUGAAAGCCAAGCAUGCCUCCCAAAUUCUCAGCGACCGACUUUACAGGCAUAAACAAGACACUCUGAAGUACACAACAGACAUGACUGCCAUGCCUAUGGUUCUUGCCACAGCAAAUGCUGAGAUCAUGAACAAGAAAAACUACAUUUCUGCUUGGGAGGCCGAGAAGGUGAAGAAUCACGUUGGCGCUGACCUGCCUGAAAUUCUGCUCUCUAGAGCCAACGCUUACAACCUCAGCCAGAAAAUAUACAAACAAGCCGUCGAGGACAUGUUCCGACAGGGUUACGUCAUGAAACCUGACGCUGUUUCUAUUGUAGCUGCUAAACGCUCAAGAGAGAUCAUAAGUGAUUACAAAUACAAGACAGGAUACCGCAAGCAGGUCGGCCACCACAUCGGCGCACUUAGCAUCAAUGAUGAUCCUCUGAUCAUGCUAGCCCUGAACUCUGGCAAGAUCUCCAGCGAUAACUUGUACAAGAAGGACUUUAACAAGUCCAAGACCAGAUUCCACCUGCCUGUGGACAUGCUCAACCUGGAACUGGCCAAAAAAUGCCAGAUUCAGGUCAAUGAUUUCAACUACAGAACCCACCUGCACAACUGGACUUGUCUGCCGGACUCCAACGACGUGGUACAGGCGAGAAAGGCGUACGACCUUCAGAGUGACGCUGUGUACAAAGCAGACAUGGAAUGGAUCAAGGGUUCCGGUUGGGUGCCCAUUGGCUCACUGGAUGUCGAAAAAGCAAAGAAAGCGUCUGAAAUCUUGAGCGACAGGCUAUAUCGUCAGCAUCCUAGCAACUUCAAAUUUACCGCCAAAACCAGUGACAUGCCAUAUGCCCUGGCUCUGGCCAAUGCCCAAAUCAUGGACAAGAAAGCGUAUGUAUCUGCGUGGGAGAGCGACAAAACUAACCUGCACAUCAUGCCCGACACACCUGAGAUCAUACUAGCCAAGCAGAAUAAGCUCAACACCAGUCCGAGACAUUACCAUGAAGGCUACAUGGAAAUCAUCAAAAAUGGCUACUUGCUCCCCAAAGACGCCAUUUCGCUUUUGUCAGCAAAGGCCUCUCGAGACAUUGUCAGUGAUUACAAGUACAAGGCAGGCUUCCGCAAGCAGUGUGGUCACCAUAUUGGGGCCCUGAGCGUCAAAGACGACCCCUUGAUCAUGCUGGCCGCCCAUGCUGCCAGAAUCGCCAGUGACAACAUCUACAAGAAGGACUUUGAGAAGACCAAGACCAAGUUCAACCUUCCAGUGGACAUGCUGACCAUCGAGCUGGCCAAGAAGUGUCAGCAGCAGGUCAACGACUUCAACUACCGCACUCACCUGCACCAGUGGACCUGCCUGCCCGACUCCAACGAUGUGGUCCAGGCUAGGAAGGUCUACGAUCUCCAGAGUGAUGCUGUGUACAAAGGCGAUCUGGAGUGGCUCAGGGGAUGCGGCUGGUCGCCUCAUGAAUCGGUAGAUGUUAUCAAAGCCAGGAAUGCACAGAACAUUCUCAACGAGAGACUCUACCGCCAACCACCGAGCACGGUCAAAUUCACCAGCAUAGUGGACCUGCCUACCAUCGUCCUGUCUAAGCAAAAUUCAGACAAUCUCAGUGAUAGGAAAUACAAGGAACUGUGGGAGAACGAAAAGACGUCAUUCUUGCUUCCGGCUGACACUCCUGCCAUUGAGCUGUCUAAAGCAAAUGCCAUCAACAUAAGCAAUAAAUUGUAUACUAAGGCGUGGGAUGACCAGAAGGCCAAAGGUUACCAUAUCAAGCAUGAUGCCAUUGCCGUGCUGAAGGCCAAAGCGUCAAGAGAUAUCAUCAGCGAUUACAAGUACAAGGAAGGAUACCGCAAGCAGGUGGGCCACCACAUCGGUGCUCGCAGCGUGGAAGAUGACCCCCUGAUCAUGCUGGCAAUGAACUCGGCCAAGAUUGCCAGUGAUGCCCUUUACAAAAAGGACUUUAACAAGUCCAAGACCAAGUUCAACCUGCCUGUUGACAUGCUCAACUUGGAACUGGCCAAAAAGUGCCAGAUUCAAGUCAACGACUUCAACUACCGGACUCACCUUCACCAGUGGACGUGCCUGCCAGACUCCAAUGAUGUGGUCCAGGCCAGGAAGGCCUACGAUCUUCAGAGUGAUGCAGUGUACAAAGCUGACAUGGAGUGGCUACGUGGAUGCGGAUGGAUUCCGCAUGAGUCCGUGGAGGUUUUGAAAGUGAAGAAUGCACAAAAGAUCCUGGCUGAUAGAGGCUACCGGGUUAAGCUGGACGAGCAGAAAUUUGGCGUUCCAACAGAUCGUGUUGACUUGACUUGCGCUAAGAAUGCCGCUGACAUCCUCAAUGAAGCGAAAUACCGUGAGGCUUGGCAUCAGGAAAAGACCAAUUACACACUGGUGGAGACUCCAACCAUGGUCACAGCGAAAGAAGCAGCUAAGCAUAUUCACCCUAAACUAUACUCCAAAGAUUGGGACAAGAUUAAGGCUACUAGCUACUUCAUGCCUGAAGAUACGGUGGCCAUCAAGCAGUGCAUCAGCAACACUAAAGUCCAAAGUAAACAUAAAUACCUGGAGGGAUACCGCAAACAAGUGGGCCACCACAUUGGGGCCCUUAGCAUCCAGGAUGACCCGCUCCUUAUGUUGGCCCUGAACUCUGCCAAGAUUGCCAGCGACGCCCUCUACAAGAAAGACUUCAACAAGUCCAAGACCAAGUUCAACCUGCCAGUGGAUAUGCUGCAGUUCGAGCUGGCCAAGAAGUGCCAGAUGCAAGUCAACGAUGACCUCUACAGGACCCGCCUGCACCAGUGGACGUGCCUGCCUGACCAGAACGACGUCAUACAGGCUAGGAAAGCCUACGAUCUUCAGAGCGAUUUUGUGUACAAGGCAGAUAUGGAAUGGUUUCGAGGCUGUGGUUGGGUGGCCCAUGAAUCUGUAGACCACGUCAAAGCCAGAAAAGCACAGGAAAUUCUCAAUGAUAGGCUCUACAAGAGAAAUGCAAUCGAUGGCUUUGGAAAGUUCACCCUGGUGUUGGACCGCCCAGAAAUUCUCUUGGCCAAGACAAACUCUGCCAACCUCAGCGACUUAAAGUACAAAGAGACCUUCAAUGCGGAGAAGGGUCAUUACAUUGGUUCGGAUGACACUCCUCAACUGGCCCACAGCAGGGAGGUGUCCAAGAACAUCAGCGAGAAACUCUACAAAUUGCAAUGGGACCAGUCCAAGGCUGCUGACUACCACUUGGACCACGAGUACAUCCCACUUGUCAGUGGAAAGCGAAGCAGAGACAUCAGUAGUGAUUACAAGUAUCAUGAUUCCCAUGAGAAGGCCAAAGGACACUACUUGGCCGGAACCCUGGUGGACUUCCCUGAGGUGAUCCGAUGUGGUGAUCAGGAGAAAAACAAGGGACUGAGGCUUUACCAUCGGGACUACCACCAGACCAAGGCCAAGACUCACAUCCCAGCUGACGUCAUUGCCAACAAGGUGGCCAAGCGUUGCCAGGACAUGCUGAGUGAUGUCCUCUACCGCACAUACCUGCACCAGUGGACCUGCCACCCCGAUCAGGAAGACGCCAUCCGAGCCCGCAAGACAAAUGAGAUUCUCAGCGAUGUGUAUUACAAAGAGGACCUGACCUGGAUGAAGGGUAUUGGAUGCUUUGUAUGGGACACGCCAGAGAUCAUUCGUGCUAAGAAGGCCUACGAUCUGCAGAGCGAAUUGAAAUACAGAGACGAAGCUAAGAAGGAAUUCAACAAUUACUCCAUUGUGACUGACACGCCCGCUUACGUCACUGCUGUGCUUGGUCACACCUGGGCCAGUGAUCUGAACUACCGAGAGUCUUACCACAAGGAGAAACAUAUGUACACCACUGUUUUGGAUACCUACGAUUAUGCCAGAUGCCACAACUUCAAAACUUUCUUCAGUAACAAAAACUACACUGACGCCUGGGAGAAAUUCAAGGCCAAGGGCUACCAGAUCCCCCAUGACUCUACCUCAAUGCAACAUGCCAAAGACCAGAAGACCAUUGUCAGCAGUGUGAAGUACAAAGAAGACUAUGAGAAGUUCAAGUCACUUUACAGUCUGCCCAAGUCUAUUGAGGAUGAUCCAGCCACCGCCCGAUGCCUUAAAGUCGGAAAAUUGGUCCUGGAUCGCCUGUACCAUGAGGACUAUGAGAAGUCCAAGGCUAAGAAUCACAUCCCGCCAGAUAUGCUGGAGAUCCUGUCGGCCCGUAAUUUCCAGACCACCAUCAGUGGAAUCCACUACCGCAAGUAUCUGCACCAGUGGAUCUGCCUUCCUGAUAUGCAGAUGUAUGUCCAGGCGCGCAAAGUCAACGAGCAGCUAAGUGAUGUCUUCUACAAGGAUGACCUCAACUGGCUGAAGGGCAUCGGUUGCUAUGCCUGGGACACUCCAGAAAUCCUGCGUGUCAAGAAUGCUGGCGACAUUCAGAGCCAAAACAAGUACCGAGCUAAAGGUGUGGAAGCAUUCAAAGACUACUCAGUAGUGAUGGAAACGCCAGUUUACGAGACGGCCAAGCAGAACACCGUGAACCUGAGUGAUCUACACUAUCGCUCCGAGUACCACACUAGCAUCAAGGGAACCAACACUUCUCCCGCAGUUACACUGGAAGGGGAAAGGGCUCGCAAUGCCCACCACAUUCAGAGUGAUAACUGGUAUAAGGAGGCAAACAAAAACUACAUGCCCACUGGAUACACUCUGCCACACGACAUGCCUCUCAUCAAACAGGCUAAGCGCAACACCUUUGUUAGUAGCGAUGUGAAGUACAAGGAGGCCUACGAGAUGACGAAGGCCAAGGGCUACACCAUUCACCCGGAGGGCGUUAACUUUGUGAACUAUAGGAAGGCCAACAAAAUCAUCAAUGAACGCCUGUAUCGCGAGGAUUACCACAAACAGAAGGACAAAAUCCACACCACCUACGACACCCCUGACAUCAGACAAGUCAAAAUGAACCAGGAACAUCUAAGCGAUUUGUGGUACAAGGAGAAGUACAACAACAGUAAAGGCCAGCUGAUCUCCAUGCCUAUGACUCCGGAGCUGUUGCAUUGCUACAACGUCAACCAUAUCAACAGCGAGUUGAAAUACAAAGAAGAUCUGACAUGGCUUAGGGGAAUUGGUUGUUUCCUCUACAACACCCCGGAGAUGAUCCGUAUCCGCAACCUCAAUAAGUACAGAGUGGACUACCCGGUGGAGGCUAAGAAGAACCUGCCCAAGUUUUCCGUGGUCUUGGACACACCAGAGUACAAGCGAGUGACUGAGCUCAAGAGCCACUUAAGUAUGCUAAUCUACAAAGCUCAGAGCAAAGCGGAGAUGUCCAAAGUCUCCACCACUGCGGAUGCUGUGGACAUGAAAAGAGUCAAAUGGGCCCAGCAGCUGACAAAUCAUUACGUGUACACUAACCUCGCCGCCAAAGAAAGACCAAAAUAUACCCUGGAAGUCGAAACCCCACACAUGAGCCACUCCAGGAAGAUGAAAUUGAUCUCCAGUGAUAACAAGUACAAAGAACAAUAUGAGAGGAUGAAGCACAGGUACACCGCCAUCGGAGACACACCCCUCUUGAUUCGCUCCAAGAAGGCCUACCUCCAGUCAAGCGAUCUCCGCUACAAAGAGACAUAUGAGCUCUCUAAAGGUCACUACCACACUGUCAAGGACGCCCUGGACAUCGUCUACCACCGCAGAGUCACUGACGACAUCAGCAAUGUUAAGUACAGAGAGAAAUAUAUCAGCUCCCUUGGAACAUGGAAGUCCAUCCCGGACCGUCCCGAGUUCUUCUUCAGCAGGAUUGUCAAUGACAACGUCAGCACGGUCAAGUACAAGGAGGACCUGGACUGGUUAAAGGGAAUCGGUUGCUUUGUGUGGGACACACCUGAGUUGUUACGCGCUGAGAAGAACAAGAAGCUGUACAGUGAGAUAGAAUACAAGACCUCCUUCAAGAAGAACAGAGAAAACUUCAAGUACACCUCUGACACACCUUUCUUCCACACGGCCAAGCACGCCUCUAGCCUUCUCGACGAGCGGGCUUAUAAAAAUGGUUACGAGAAAUCCAAGGAUCAGUUCACCCUAACCACAGAGGGCCCUAGUUUCCAGCUGGCCAAAGAGAACAAGAAGAUGAGCCAGAAAAGGUAUAAAUCCAAAGCAAAGGAACUCCUCAAGAGCGGCUGCAAUGAGCUACACCGACCUGACAUCCUCACCGCCCUUGUCCAAACUUUCAUGAGCAGUAAGUGGCGUUACAGAGAACAAUAUGAGCGUCACAAGGACUUGUACACAUCCAUCCUCGACACUCCUGAGUAUGAAACAACCCAACGUGGCAAGAAGAUUGGCGACAUUGUUUACAAGAUGGAGUACAACAAGAAUAAGGCCAAGGGAUACACCCUACCUUAUGACACCCCGCACCAAAACCUCAUGAAGAAAGUCAAGGAUAUGACGAGCAAUCUUAAGUACAAAGAGGUCUAUGAGAGGUGCAAGGCCCAGAUCAACAUCGAUCCUGAGGCUCACUCCAUCCGGGCUGCAAGAGAGGCCUACAAGAACAUCACCAAUCUGGAUUACAAGAAGAAGUAUGAAGCCACCAAAUUUAAGUGGAUGUGGACCACAGAGAGGCCGGACUUUCUCAAUGCCGCCAAGAACUCUGCGCAGCAGAGUGACUAUGAGUACAAGUACGACAAAGAGAUCAUGAAGGGUUGCGUCAUACCCGUUGUGGACGACAAACUUACCCUGCUGGCGCAGAAGAACACACAAAUAACCAGUGAGCUAAAAUACAAAAUGAAGUACGAGAAGGCAAAGGGUCACUACCUGCCUGUGGCAGACACCCCCCAGAUCCUCCACUCCAAGGCGGUGCGCACUCUAUCAUCUGAGAGCAAGUACAAGGCGGCCAGUAAGAAGCUGAUGCAGUCCGGCUCCUUUACCACCAUGCCUCAGACCCGUGACACAGCUCACAGCAAGCAGAUCAACAAACUCGUCAGCAAGAAUGUGUACAAAGCAAAGUUCGAGAAGGAGAAAGGCAAGUCGAUAUACAACAACAUGUGCGUGCCUCCUGAUGUUCAGCACGCCAUGGACGUCGCCAAGAAACAGAGCAAUCUGGACUAUAAGAAGACUGCAAAGGCCAACCUUCACUACACCACAGCCGUGGCCGAUCGACCUGACAUCAAGAAGGCCACGCAGACUGCCAAACUCGUUAGCGAUAUUGGCUACCGCGAAAAAGCCCGCAAAGAGGCGAGCCGUGGAGGUUCUCUGGUCCACCGGCCGGACAUCAAGCUGGCCACAGAGGUCUGCAAGCUCAACAGCCAGCUGAAGUACAAGGAGAAGUUUGACAAGGAAAUGAAGGGAAAGAGACCGCAAUAUGACCUAAAGGAGAGUAAGGUUUACAAGACAUACAAGGAUGCCCACACGCUGGCUAGUGAGGUGAAGUACAAGAGUGACCUGAAGAAGCUCCACAAGCCUGUGACCGACAUGGCUGAGUCUCUGUCUAUGCAGCACGGCCUGAGCACUAGCAAGCUGUCCAGUGACUACUGCUACAAGAGGAAGUUUGAGGAGAGUAGGGGUCACUACCACGUGAUUCCUGACACACCCGAGCAGCUCCAUCACAAGGAGGCUUCGGAACUCCAGAGCAUAGUGAAGUACAAGGAGAAGUACGAGAAGGAGAGAGGCAGGGCCAUGCUGGACUUUGAGACGCCAACAUACGUGACGGCCAAGGAGGCACAGCACAUGCAGAGCCAGAAAGACUAUAAGAAGGAUUUUGAGGAGACCAUGAGGGGCAAGAACCUCUCGGGCUUGGAAGUCACGCCCGCCAUGAUACAUGUCAGACAUGCCACCAAAAUAGCCAGUGAGAAAGAGUACAGGAAGGAUCUAGAGGAGGGCGUGAAGGGUAAAGGGCUAACUGUGCUGGAGGAAACUCCCGAGCUUUUGAGAGCAAGGAAUGCCACUCAAAUCCUGUGCGAGAAAGAGUAUAAGAAGUCGCUGGAGCAAGAGAUUAAGGGCAAGGGACUGCUGGCAUUGGCCACUGACACACCCGACUUCAUGCGGGCGAGGAAUGCCACCGAUAUCCUCAGUCAGACCAAGUACAAGCACACGGCCGAGAUGGACCGAGCCAGCUACACCACCGUGAUCGACACUCCGGACAUCAUUCACGCUCAGCAGAUGAAGACCAUUGUCAGCCAGAAAAAGUACAAGGAAGAGGCGGAGAAGACCAUGUCCCACUAUGUCCCAGUUCUGGACACACCUGAGAUGCAAAGAGUUCGUGAGAAUCAGAAGAACUUCAGCACUCUUCAGUACCAGACUGACCUAAAACACAUCAUAAAGGGAAAAGGUUCUGCUGUAAUCACGCCUGAAAUUCUUCGCGUUAAAGAAAAUACAAAGAAUUUCAGCUUGAUUCAGUACAAAGAGGAUUUGGGAGGAGGAACAUCUUUGCCAGAAACCCCUGAGAUGGAGAGGGUUAAACGAAACCAGAAGAACUUUAGCACGAUACAGUACAAGGAUUCUCUGAGUCAAGGCACGGCCAUUCCAGAUCUUCCUGAGGUGAAGCGGGUCCGAGAAACCCAGAAGAAUAUCAGCUCGAUACAGUACAAGGAUUCUCUGAGUCAAGGCACGGCCAUACCAGAUCUCCCCGAGGUGAAGCGGGUCCGAGAAACCCAGAAGAAUAUCAGCUCGCUGCAAUACAAGGAAGACGUGGGACGAGGCACAUCAGUCUCGGAGACGCCAGAGAUGGAACGCGUUAAACGCAAUCAGCAAAAUAUUAGCACGAUCAAAUACAGGGAUUCGCUGGAUCGCGGCACGGCCAUUCCUGACCUGCCGGAAGUCAAGCGGGUCAAACAGACCCAGAGGCACAUCAGCUCGGUGUUGUAUAAAGACAGCUCGGCCAAGGGAACCCCCGUGGUGUUCACUCCUGAGAUGGAGCGAGUCAAACGGAACCAAGAGAACAUUAGCUCGGUGCUGUAUUCCGACAGUUUCCGCAAGCAGGUCCAGGGAAAGGCAGCCUUCGUUCUGGAUACCCCAGAGAUGAGGCGUGUCAGAGAAACCCAGCGCAUCAUAUCUGGAGUCCGCUACCAUGAGGACUUUGAGAAGAGCAAGGGCAGCUUCACGCCUACCACCACUGACCUGAUCACAGAGCGCGUGAAGAAGAACACCCAGGACUUCAGCGACAUCAGUUACCGUGGCAUCCAAAGGCGUGUGGUAGAGAUGGAAAGGAGGCGUGCCGUCGAGCAUGACCAGGAAACCAUCACCGAUCUGCGGGUUUGGCGUACCAACCCCGGUUCAGUGUUUGACUACGACCCUGCAGAGGAUAACAUCCAGUCCAGGAGUUUGCACCUGAUGUCAGUCCAAGCCCAUCGACGCAGCAAGGAGCACUCCCGCUCCACCAGCGCUUUGAGUGGCUUGGCAGACGAAAAAUCCGAGAUGUCCCAGGACCAAGAUCACCACUUGUCCCUCUACAGCAACGGAUUCGUCACCUCAUCCGGAUUCGUCACCUCCUCUGGACUCGUCGGCUCCUCUGGACUCGUCGGCUCCUCUGGACUCGUCGGCUCCUCUGGACUCAUCGGCUCCUCUGGACUCGUCGGCUCCUCAGGACUCGUCGGCUCCUCAGGACUCGUCACCUCCUCGAUGCAGGCAGGUUACCAGCAUGCGAAGACUGUGGAACUGCAGCAGAGGUCCUCGUCCGUGGCCACACAGCAGACUACAGUCUCCUCCAUCCCUUCGCACCCCUCUACCACUGGGAAAACUGUACGCGCCAUGUAUGACUACCUGGCGGCUGACAGCGAUGAAGUUUCCUUUAAGGACGGCGACGUUAUUGUCAAUGUACAGUCCAUCGACGAAGGUUGGAUGUACGGAACCGUGCAGCGCACCGGCAAGACCGGAAUGCUGCCUGCCAACUAUGUAGAGGCCGUCUAAACAACAAAGUGUGUGUGCAAUGUGUGUUUGUAGAGUUUGUUGCCUGUUUGUCACUUUGUGUCACCUGUGGAACUCAAAAUCUGAUCACUCUUCUCGAGAUGACCUCGUUUCACACUCCCAUACAGCCUGACCCAAUACUUUGUAUAAAUCAUAAAUCCCCAAAAUUAAUAUAUAUUGUCAGUUUUGUAUGGAGUGUGUGAAACAAUUAACUAAGACUACUUUCAUGUUUAAUGAUGUCACAUAUCCCAUGUCCACCCUCUACAAUCAAAGCGCUCUUGACUUGGAAGUGAAAAUCUCCAGUUUCCCUCCUUUACUGAACCCUGACCAUUAACUAGCCCACUAACUAGUACACAAGAAGUACACUAGUAGUACUUACGUACACUAGGAGUAUGAAUACUAGUCCAGUGUGUAUUUUGGUUUUUGAUGGCAAAGUGUAAACCUUUGCCAGUAGCUAAUAAAGCCAAGU